ACAUUUUCCUUAAAAGUUUCCGUGUAAAACCAAGCGAGCUGAAGGACAAACUCUUCAUCAUCCACGAGGAGAGUGGGGGGCUCACAGAUGAGCAGAUUACAGCACUGAGAAGAUACUUGCCCACACCCAAAGAUGCAGAGAGGUACCUGUCCUUCAAGGGGCCGUGCUCAGAGCUGCACGUGGUUGACCAGUUCAUGUUGGAGAUGUGUAAAAUCCCCCAGCUGGGCCAGAGGCUGGAUCUGCUGCUCAGCGUCCGUGAGCUGCCCGAGAGCAUCAGAGACCUGGAGCCUCUGAUCACCCAGAACAUCCAAGCCAGCAAGCAGCUGCAGUCCAGCCCCAAGUUUGUGGCUGUCCUGGAGUACAUUUUAGCCAUGGGGAACCACCUGAAUGAAAAAGCUGGGAAGGAGGUGGCCAGAGGGUUCCGACUGUCCUCUCUGGCCAAGCUCUCCCUGCUGAGGGGCAGGGACAGGACCUUCACCCUCCUGCACGCCCUGGCGGAGCAGAUCCUCUCGCAGCAGCCCGAGCUGGCCACCUUCCCCCAGGAGCUGACCCAGUUUGAGGCUGUUCCUGAUGGUGAGAGGAGGGCAGGGGGGAAAAUAAUCAAAAAAUAA